AUGAAUACCAAGACACUCGUGCUGAUCGUGUCAAACGAACUAUGUGAGAGAUUCUGUUUCUACGGACUGCGCUCAAUUCUGUUCUCAUUCCUGCGGGUACAAUAUUCUUUCUCUGCUAAGAGCUCAACAGCAUUCCUCCACUUGUUCAUCUCAAUGAGCUACUUGUUUACAUUACUGGGUGGAAUUGUGUCUGAUAUGGUAUUGGGGAAAUACAACACCAUAGUCAUUCUAGGCUCUGUGUAUCUUGUAGGUACUCUCCUCCUUACAUAUGUCUCCAUGGAAUAUGCAUCUCAGGGAUUGAUCCUGACAAGUCUAUUGCUUAUAUCGCUUGGAACAGGAGGAAUUAAACCAUGCGUUGCUGCAUUUGGUGGAGACCAGCUUGGACAGGCUAGCACAUCUGACAGAAAACGGUUCUUUGAUCUUUUCUACUUCGCAAUUAAUAUCGGAAGCAUGGCCUCAAUGAUUAUGAUGCCGGUUUUAUCUGAUGUUGGGUGCCUUGGAAAGCAAUCGUGCUAUCCUUUGGCAUUUGGAGCAUCAAGCACACUACUUGGAGCAUCAAUGCUUCUAUUUAUGUCUGGCAAAAGUUCAUAUAUAAUAAAACCUCCUAGGAAGCAACAACUUGCAGACACAUUUAGAAUACUUGGCACUGCAAUAAAGACAAUGAUCAAUAAAAAACAAGAAGUAGCUCAAGAAAAUGAAAUUAAAGCAGCCACCGCAUCUGAAAAGGUACAUCAUUUGGUAUCAGUAAGUGAUCAGCAAAAGCUCGUGCAGAUUUCCAAGGUACUUUUACCUGCUGUAUUCUUCUGGAUGCUGUAUGACCAGCAAUCUUCGUCAUGGAUAGAACAAGGCACCAAAAUGAGCACACAUGCAAACAUAUUUGGAAUACAGCUCGAGAUUGUUCCUUCACAAAUGCAGGCAUUCAAUUCAAUAUUCACCUUAGCACUUAUUCCAAUCUUUUCAAAGGUAGUUUAUCCAAUACUUGAUGCAAUAGGCAUUCACCUUCGGCCAGUUGUGAGGAUGAGUACAGGAAUUGGAUUUGUGUCAAUCAGUUUCUUCAUAUCUGCAUUCAUACAACAUAGAGUAGAUGUGCUUGCAUACAAUCAUCAGCAGCUAUCAAUACUAUGGCAGUUGCCUCAGUAUAUUUUGCUGACUGCUGGUGAAGUAAUGCUGAACAUAACAGGCUUGGAGUAUAUUUACUCAGAAGCUCCUGAGUCAAUGAACUCACUAUCACUAUCAAUGUGGUUGUUGACCGUUGCUGCAGGAAACAUCCUUGUCAUGCUUCUUUCGAUGAUUGAUGUGGUUGCCUUGCUGUCUAUUCCACAUCACGACACCAGCACGUUCAUAUUCUAUGGCACAAUAGGCUUGCUUGCAUCGAUUAGAAUGUUCUUAGCAAGAAGGCCAGCCAAUAAAUAG